GGACACUGGUGAUCCACUCGAUUACGCUGGUUACCGAAAAGGAUAGAUGGUGAUUAUUAUGAAUCGUUGGGACAUAAACAAGCUGAUUCGAUUCCCUGAUGCUGAUGAAAUAUUUUUCUAUCCCAAUUUGUGAAAGUUGUAUGGGCGAUAAUAGGGGAUGUACAUUUUCAAUUGCUGCUAUAAAAGCUAUCAGACAUUUUUAUUCGAGUCUAAUGAAUCUAAUAUUAUCUUUACUAGAUGGCCUUACCUCCGGAUGAUCUAUAGUGUCAGAUUCAAUCCCAAGUUCUUUGAAUUUAGCCAACAAUCUUUCCUUAUCAAAAUGUUCAGCCAUCGUGUUACUUCCGGGUCAAGGUCGUAAUAGCUAAUUUCUUUCGCUAAAGCGAGUUAGCAGACAGCAUUAUUUAGAAGACAUUUUUGAGAUUUAUCAACAUUUAAUAUGGAAAUUCCCAAUGAAGAACAUAAAAAGAAGAAACGUAAGCGAACUGUUAUACACCAAGCUCAGCUUCACAAAUUGGAAGAGUUAUUUAAUGUGGAGAAUUGGCCAAACAGAGCCAGGAAAGAAAAGUUGGCCAAAGAAUUGAAUCGAAGUAUCGAAUUUGUGAACAUUUGGUUCCAGAAUAAAAGAGCAAGAGUAAAGAGGGAUACUGAGGAGAGGGCUGAACUAUUAGCCCGUCAGAAAAUCCUUGAUAAAAUAAAUGAGAAAUCAACUGUCGCUCAAGAGCUUGUUUACCGAGAUCGUACCAGAUCCAUCUUUAAAUUCUGCAUCACUCCUCCCGCACCUAACCAACAAGUAUCAACAAAGUUAGUUGGAAUAAAUAUUAAGGCAGAAGAGCCAGAGUCCCAGUCAACCAGUGAAACAAAUGAUCAAAUUAAGAUUGAUGUUGAUAAUAAAGAUGAGCCCACCAAUGCUGACAUUGAAACCACGGACCUUCAAGAGAAAGACACUACUGAAACUGACGCAAAUGAAGAUGUUGACACAAAUGAAGCACAAGAUAAAUCUGAAGAGGGAUUUUCAAAUAUGAUCACAAUAGCCUCUCCUCACAACUCCAUGUACCAACUACCAAGUCUGAUAGGUGGCAGCACUGCACAAGAGAGUCAGGUCCCUACGUUGUUCCGCAGUAUAAUUAACAUGAUUGCUGUUGCAGAGGGUGGGAUAAUGUCACCUGCACACCCUGAGUUUGACACAGCAGUCACCUCAGCACUUUAUGGAAUCAAGAUUGGCAAAUCAUCGAGGUUGAUUUAUGAUAAAGUGUUUGGUUUGGACAUUGAAGAGUUUGAUGAUCAUGCUGAAAAUGAUAACUGACAAAGGCAAGAUGAACUGAACAACUGUAUUAAACAGAUGACUUUAUGAAUACAUAGCCUUUAUAACCUUUAAUGACUUGGCUUUAACUGAUGACUGAACAACCAUAUUAAAAACUGAAUUAAACCAAUCAACAGCCAAUAUUAAAUAGUAUAAGGUGACUUUCAAAGCGCUACAUAACACAUUUGAUAUUUGAUAAACUUUGCAUGUUGUACACAAAAAGAACAGUUUUAUUGUAAAUGCAUAAACACUUUAUUUGGUAAUAUGAAAUUCUGAAUGCAUAAUACUGAUUUGUUUUUGUAUGAAAUGUUAUUGUUAUCAUAAAAUCAUUGAUUUCAAUUAAAUUCAAAAUCAAUGUUACAUUCUUAUUUAUAAAAAACUUCAAUUUAGAUACACAGGGUGGUCCAAAAAUAUUAAGUUUAUCUCCUCAUUAAUCCUUUAAG